AUGUCGCUGCUUUCGGAUCUCGUGAACCUCAAUCUCUCAGACACCACCGAGAAGAUCAUCGCGAGAUCGGCGGAUCUGACUCUUCUUGGACCAGUUAGUGAUCCUUCAAAGCUUCCCAAGUGGAACUAUGAUGGUUCCAGCACAGGCAAGCGCCUGGAGAUGACUCUUCCUAGAGAAGACAGUGAUUCUGUUUCUGUGGGAAAGUCUGGAAGAGCUGCAGUGAGGCUUGCCCUGGCCAGAGGAGCUUCUGUUGUGGCAAUUGACCAGACUAAGAAUUUGGGAUUAUUAGAGGAAGAUCCUCUUUUUGAGAGGCACAAUGGUGAUUUGAGAACAAUCCUGGGACAUUUUGAUGGGGAGCUACUUCAUAGUGUUGACAGGUCUUUGGGGCAGUUUGGAAAGCAGGUAAUGUCCGAGUUGGAUUUUGCUGCAGAAAUUCUUCCCAAAGGCAACAAGAUUUUGGCGGUCACAGGAACCAAUGGAAAAUCUACUGUUGUUACUUUUGCUGGACAGAUGCUUUGCCAACUCGGUGUUGAGACGUUUGUAGGGGGCAACCUUUGGAAUCCACUGUCCGAAGCUGCUUUCCAAUGUUUGGAAUCAACUUCUUUAGGAAACAAGUUUCAGGUUGCAGUGGUCGAAGUUAGUAGUUACCAGAUGGAAAUUGCCAACAAGUACUUCUGCCCUUCAGUUGCUGUGGUGCUAAACCUUACACCUGAUCAUUUGGACAGGCAUGGCACAAUGAGAAAUUAUGCAAUGACUAAAUGCCGAAUAUUUUCUCACAUGACUGAUGCAAAGUUGGCUAUUCUUCCUUUGGGUAACCAGCACUUGAAUGAAGCAAUUUGCCAGUACAUGAAUGAAGUUAAUCGUGCUUGGAUAGGAACCUUUCCAGGUGUAGAAAUUGAUAUGGAGGCAAAAAUUGCCAGAUUGGAAGUACCUUCAUUAGAGAUUGUUUCUCAACUAAAGUUAGACGCAAUGAAAGUGAUGGGGACCCACAACUAUCAUAAUGCCGCUGUUGCUGCAUUAUCUAUUGCCGGACUGGGAGUUGGAUUUGAUGUCAAAUCCCUUGGCUCAACAAUUGGAAUCUUAAGGGUGCCCCUUCACCGGAUGCAAAUUGUAUGCAAGGAUAGCAAUGGGGUCACAUGGGUGGACGACAGCAAGGCAACUAAUGUUGAUGCGACAUACACAGGACUAAUGGGUCUCAAGGGGCAAAAGUCUCUGAUUUUACUUGGUGGUAUUGCAAAGGAUUUAGAUGGAGAAGGUUCUAACGGUUUUGAGCAGUUGGUGGAGCCACUUAACUAUCACAGAUGUGUGAUUACCUUUCGGUCUUCAGGAACGGUGAUUCAGAGGACAUUGUUUGAGCAUGGUCUUCAAAUCCCCUGUAUUAAAGCUACAAAUAUGGCAGAAGCCAUCAGCCGUGCAAGACGGAUGGCAAAGCAUGGAGAUGACAUUGUACUCAGUCCAGGUUGCGCGAGCUUUGAUGAGUUCAGAAACUUCGAGCACAGAGGGAUGGUUUUUCAGGAACUUGCCUUUUCAUGA